AUGGACGCCUGGGAAGAGGGUCUGUCCCAAAAGCCUUGCUUCUCAGUCCAACAGCUGCACCUGUGCAGGGGGCUGAGCCCGUUCCUUCUCACCUGUGCCAUCUACUUCCUCCUCUGGAUCCCUGAAGACCAGCCGUCCUGGAUCAGCGCCCUUGUCAAGUGCCUGCCCGUCCUGUGCCUGGUGGUGUUCCUGCGGGCGGCGCGCUCGGACCGGGGCUACAGGGCGCUCCUGCAGGGGGCCCUCCUGUGCUCUGCUGUGGGGGACGCCUGCCUCAUCUGGCCUGAGGCCUUCCUCUAUGGCGUGACGGCCUUCACCGUGGCUCACCUGCUCUACCUCUGGGCCCUCGGCCUCACUCCCCUGCGGCCAGGCCUCCUGCUGCCCAUCGUCCCGGCCUUCUUCCUGUACAACGGCCUUGUGCUGCUGCACCUCCCCCCUGGCAUGGUCCCCAUGUUGGUGACCUACUCCCUGGUCCUGGCGUCCAUGCUGUGGCGCGGCCUGGCCAGGGGCGGGAGCGCCCGCUGGGGGGCCCUGCUCUUCACACUCUCGGAUUCGGUGCUGGCCUGGGACGCCUUCGUGCAGUCCCUGCCCCACGCCCGCCUGGUGGUCAUGACCACCUACUACGCCGCCCAGCUCCUCAUUGCCCUGUCCGCCUUCCAGAGCCCCAGGCUCAAGUCCCGCUGA